CAGUUUAUUCACAAGUGUUUAGCUCGGUCACCUGUGUUAUUCGUAGUUGAAAUGAAAGCAUUCUGGAUAUGUUCCGCUUUACUCAGUAUGGUAGCAGCUAUUCCGUUGCAAAAUACCAAUAUCGAAGAAAUUUUAAGAAAUGAUAAUCCCAGUGCAUUAGAAUCCAUUAUUUUAAAUUUGAUUGAGGAUCUAAGAGAAACUAUCUACAAUGGUUCUGAAGACUUACCGGUGUUAGACCCGCUGUACAUUGAUGAGCUCACGUUGACUGACGAAGACGUACCUCUGCCUGGUGCACACUUACAGUUGAAAGACACCACUGUCCAGAAUUUGGGCAGCUUCGUGGUGGACGAGAUUUCUGUAUCGUCACUGCUCAUCAUCAACAGGGUACACCUUUCAGGGUACAUCCCUGUUAUCGACGUCGAUAAUGGACAUUACGAUCUUUCCGUAUCAGUAGCGGGAUAUAGCGUAUUCGGCGCUGGCAGAUCAAGACUCAAAAUCAUCAACCCAAGAAUAACAGCAGACCUUACAAUUCAAUUGGGAAUUAUAAGCGGUAUGACGCUCACUCAAUGUGAUGUCAAAUUUAAUCUGGGUGCUUUUGAGCCUGAAAUUUCUGGAUUAUUCGGACACGAAGGCGCUAGCGAAUUUGUCAACUGGUUCCUCCAGGAUUUGGUGCCAGAACUUGUGAUAUUCUAUGAGACUGAAAUAAACGAUUUCCUCAGUGACGUGGUGAGAGACAUCGUUUCGGACGCUCUGCCUUGACUGAAAAUAAAUAAUGGAAGUGGAAUUUUACAAAAUAAACUUGUUUUAAGCGA